AUGGGGGCAACAAUUUCUUCUGAUUUGGCACAAGGUGCCCAAUCCAACUUGGUGCGGGAGCGAGAAAGACGUAAAAAAGGUGGAUUCGCUACAUUGCGUAAAAAGUUAAUAAGUCGUCGAAGACGAUCAUCAAAACAUGACCAUGGAAGAGUUCUAAGAGAAUUUGUAUCAAAUUGGUCACCAGUAGAAUUGUUUUCAUUGCUAGAAGAAUACGAGGCUUUGUCAGCACUCAAAGACUUGUCAAUGCAAGCUGAACUCGCACGACCGCCUGCAACAACCUUCAAGCAAGAUUUAUCAACCUUAUAUGAUUGUAAGCUAUGUACAGACUGUGAUUUAGUUUUUCGUGGAAACAUAUUUCCUGUUCAUCGAGCGCUGUUGUCAGCACGAUGUCCAUAUUUUCGCGAUUUACUAGCUGGUUGUCCAGGAUACGGAGCUCGUAUCAUGCUGGAGUUGAGGUCUUCCCCUGUCGAUGUUCAAAUGUUCUCGUCGUUGUUACGAUAUCUCUACACAGGUGAUCUUUGUCCUCACGAUCCAACAAUUGAUGUCAGUGUCUUGCGAAGACUUGGAGAAGAUUUUGGAACUCCCAAUCCUCUUGAGCACGAUCUUCGUUACCUUCUCGAGACAGGUGAUUAUGCAGAUGCAACACUUGUCUUCACAUCAGAAUCUUCAAACAACAUCAAUAACAGCAACAGUAGUGGCGGUGGUAGCGGUGAGUGCCAACGACCAGACUCGGGAAGUUCUGAAUAUGGCUUUCGACCAAAACUUGAAUUGCCAUGUCACAAAGCAAUUUUAAGCGCUCGUUCACCAUUCUUUCGUGGGAUGAUUCAACGACGUUUAAGAAGCUUUGAAGAGCAAGGUGAUCGUGCAAUACCAACAAGAAUUGUCUUAGAUGAAACUGUGAUUCCGAAGCGUUAUGCUCGUGUUUUAUUGCAUGCAAUUUAUCUCGACACUGUUGAUCUUUCAUUAGUAAUUCGAACAACAAAUAGUUCAGCAAAUGCAGCGCCACUUGGGAGUUUAAGUGAAGCACAAAUUGCAUCGUCUGUGUCUGGUUCUGGACGUCAACGAAGUAAUCCACUGGAGGAAGCAAUGGAACUUUAUCAAAUUGGAAGAUUUCUUGAACUUGACAUUCUGUCGCAAGGUUGUGAAGAUUUAAUUUUGGAAUGGUUGACAUUAGAAUCUCUGCCGAUGGUGUUAAAAUGGGGAAGUCAACCGCAUGGAUCGUCGUGGGUUUAUCGACAAGCUUGUCAUUAUCUUCGUGAAGAAUUCUCAGCUAUUGCUGUAUCGCCGAUUCUUCAUCAACUUGAGAAGACACAACUCAUUGAUGCACUACAAAGUAAUUUUUUACAAGCAUCAGAACUCGAAGUUUUAGGCGCUGUUCUUAAAUGGGGUGAACAGGAACUUAUUAGACGAAUGGAGGAUCGCGAGCCAAAUCUUUUGUCACACACUGCCCACUCAGUCACUCGAAAAGGAAUCAAGAAGAGAGACUUGAGUGACAUUGAACUCAGAGAGAUUCUUAGCGAACUUUUACCUCACGUUCGAAUGGAUCACGUCCUGCCGCCCAACAACGAAACACUUCAUUCAGCAAUUCGACGUGGUCUUGUGUCAACACCUCCAUCGCACAUGAUUGGUGAUGAUCGUGAAAAUCUUCGAAUAAAUGCAUGGAUUCGUGGUGGAAAGAAUCAUGGAUUGUUUGUCAGACCUCGACUCUUCAUGUCGUAUUAUGAUGAAGUGAAAUCAUUACUGGAAGAUCACAAUUCAUCUCAACAAAUAGAAAUUCAUCGAAUGCGAAGAGCGAGACAUUAUCCAGACAUUCCUGACACACUUUACAUGGUGUCAAGAUUAAAUCGAUGCAGUGUUGGAAAUGUCAGCAGUAGCAGUAGCAACGAUCUCUUAACAACGCCAGCCACGCAACUUGAUGUCAUCACAUCAACGUCGACAUCAUCAAUUCCAGCACCAGAUCCAUCAUCGAUGGGCAGCAUGCAGAAAAGGGAACAAAAGCUAAGACAAACUCCAACUUGUCAGCGAGCUUUAUCACUGACACUCUCAUCAAAACAUGAAAUUUAUCGACAAAUUCGAUUGCGUGUUGUUCGUGAGUUUAAUUUUCCCGAUGAAGUGUCGACGCUGCUUGAGAAUUCAGUCAGUUGCUUCUGCAAUGAUGACUUGAUGAUGAAUAAGAUUGACGAUGAUUCAGCAGCUGAUGAAGACAUCAUAACUGGGCCAUCAUCGCCAAUGGCUUCAAACGAAAAUAUUCCUGAAGCUUUAUCGUCGAAUCAAUAUGGAAAUAAUUUGACAUUUCCACGUGGUGGUGUGCAAGGUGCUGGUGGUUCAUCGCAACAUUCUAAUAGUGGAUCUUAUAGAAGACUCGAUUUACCGUCGCUUGUUACUGAAGGUGAAAAUUAUUUGGGUGGUGAUGAAGGCGGUGCUGAUGGUGGACACAUAUCGAUGAUUAUGCCAGACGUCACAGCUUCACUUGGUCAGAUGCAGAUUGGUGGUGGUGGUAGUGGAGGUGGAACUGUGAGCAGUUGUAGUCAAUUGAAUGAGAAUAUAGAUGGAUUGCAUUUGGAUCUGGGUGAUGGUUCAAGUCACAUCAUUUCCAAUCAACCAUCAAGAUCAGCUCAAUCAAUGCAUUUAUAUGGCGCACAUUCAGCUUUCUUGGGACCGAAUCAACGAUUAUCAUCAUCAUCAGUUGGAAAUUAUCAUCAUUAUAUGACACGUUCGAAUAUUGCUGCUGGUGGAAGUAAUCAAGGAUUUCCCACCAAUAAUCUUUCAUCACAACAACAGCAACAACAAAUUAGUUCAUCCUCAAUCAUUGCACAACAACCUUCAACGUCACAAAUGCAUCAUUUAGCAUCAACAAAUCAAGUGCCAUCGAAUUCGCCAUUUGUCGUGAAUCGUCCAAUAAAUAACACGAUAAACUUUAGAACAUCAUCGUCGUCCAGUCACAGCCACUCGAGCUCGUUUUUAUAG